UUCAUUAACUAUACGUCUGUAUUAAAUGAAUUUGUGUUGUUUCAUGAGUUUAAUGUGAAACCUAUAGGAUUAUGAUUUACCCAUAUGACUUCUUACCCAGGUGAAAAAACGUAAGGGCUGGGAUGUUGGCGCCUUGUGCAUCUAACUGUAGACUCAAGAAAGCCUUAUUUAUAAGAAGUUUUAAUUUGACGUUCAGAUAACCUUAUGGAACAACAGACUAGUACUAAUUAAGAUACCUGAAUCAACUCUGAGUGUUCCGUUUUUCAGGUUAGAGACUGUUUCGCAUAUAUCUUAGGACUCACCCUCCUUUUAAGGCUGCCAACUUUUAUUUUUCAAAACUUAACAUCCUCCCCUCCAGGAAGCCUCAAGUGUCAACAUUGAAGUUAUAGUAUCCUUUUUUACUCUCUAAUAACACUUAUUCUGGAGUAUAUUGACCCUACUCUUGUCGUCUUGUUUUGAAGACAAAAUACAAAGCUCUGCUAAUGGUCUUGGGAACCGAUUCAUGCUUUUUAACCUCGAGUGGGACCUUGAUACUGUUUGCUAUCUUUAUCCAUCCCGUGUUGCUUUUCCUGUUUUCCCAUUCUCUAUAGUGAUUACUUUGGAACUUUUCUAUUCUUCUCAAAUACUCAAAACUGUUUCUUUUCCCUUUACUUGGAGCUGCCUAUUUCUCUGGGAAAUGUGAAGCUUAGGGAUAGGAAAUCCUUCAUUAUUUUUUCCCCCUAUCCCUGAACUUGCCUGUGCUUUUCACUCAAUAUUAACUCUUGUCUGAGAGGAAUGUAUUUUUUUCUCUCUCUUCAAGACUAAACUUCUCAACUACUAGUGGUAAUCAGGCCUUGUAUACACAUGUAAUGUCAUUCUCGCCUGACCUCCACAGCCUCUGACCUCUAGGAGAGCUUAAAGGAUUUGUGGAGGAAGAUGGCAGAAACACCCAAGGCAGUGUUGUGUGUGACUUUUUCCAUAUAUGGUUGAGAACCUCCAUCUGGGGUCUAAGCCUGUCCCUGUCUUUGACAUUUAGAACAAUGGUUUGGGUUGAAGAUCUCUGUUCCUUUUUCCUUUCCUCUCCAUCUUAACCCCUGCUCCCAGUAAUAAUAUAGACUCGACUGAUGAUUUUUAAUGUAAUUUCCCUACAUAAAUAUACCAAAUUGUCAUCUGUUAACGGGGUUCCCACAUUACCUGGUUCCUCACAUUGCUGAAUUAGAAACAAAGUUGCAUUUGGAAACUUGAAGCCAGAAAAUAAUGGCUUCCUUUGGAUGGAAGAGGAAAAUUGGCGAGAAGGUCUCAAAGGUGACUUCCCAGCAGUUUGAAGCUGAAGCUGCCGAUGAGAAGGAUGUAGUGGAGAAUGAAGAAGGGAACUGGCUUCAUGGCAUUAAACGAAGGAAGGAAAUGCUUUCUGAGGGCUGUGCUGAGAAGAGUAAGCAGCUGAAGGAUGAAGGAGCCAGUUUGGCUGAAAAUAAAAGAUAUCGAGAGGCAAUUCAAAAAUGGGAUGAAGCACUGCAGUUAACCCCAGAUGAUGCCACCCUGUAUGAGAUGAAAUCACAGGUCCUAAUGUCUCUUCAUGAAAUGUUCCCAGCAGUACAUGCAGCUGAAAUGGCUGUCCAGAGAAAUCCACAUUCAUGGGAGUCUUGGCAAACUUUGGGACGUGCUCAGCUUGGAUUAGGAGAGAUAGUCCUGGCAAUUCGAAGUUUUCAGGUCGCCCUUCACAUCUAUCCAAUGAACCCUGAAAUAUGGAAAGAAGACCUUUCUUGGGCAAGAACGCUCCAGGAGCAGCAGAAGGUUGCACAGAAGAUUAAAAAGUGUGAUGCAUCAGCGGAAGUAACCCAUUUCUCACCAAAGUCAAUUCCUGACUAUGACUUUGAAAGUGAUGAGAUUGUUGCCGUUUGUGCAGCGAUUGCUGAGAAACAGAAGACGGUUCCAGCAAAUAAAACAAUGGUUAUUGUGUCGGCUUCUGGGACUGUGGAGACAGUCACUGAGAAGGAAGACGGGGCUACACCACCAGAUGGCUCUGUUUUUAUCAAAGCCCGAUGAAGUAGCGGGAAUCCUUUGAAUCUUUUUGAUUGCCACUUAAAAUUUUAGGUGUAGGGACAUUAGCUGCGGAGGAA